GAGACACGCAAUUUUGGAUUCUUUCUCCUCUUGAUAUCGUAGACUUCACUCGUGCCUCGUGACACGGGCGGUAAGAAGAAGCCAGCAGUUCGACCUCCGUGACAAUGGCCAACGACGGUGACUUCGAUGCCGGCCGGUCAUUCUCUGACCGUCGGAGGGCUGCGAUGCAAAAUCAGUUGCAGCGCUGUUCCUUUGAGGGCCCACCUUCAGCUGAUCAUGAUGAUGGCUACACCACCAGCAACUACUACAAGUCGCUCGAGCAGAAGGGUGAGAAGACCCUCCUGAGAGGGGACUCGGGGGGCGCCCUCAACGAGCUGGUUGAGCAGGAAGAGAGGGAGCCCACUGUAAAGCGCCCCCCCAGCAUGGACUACAAGCCGCGCCGCAGUGAGAGCGAGGAUCCUGGCAGAGGCCCAUUCACUACUGUCAAGACCAUCAAGAAGCCUGAUGGCACAGUCAUCACAGAGACCACUAAGGUCAUCAAGGAUGUUGACGGCUACAAGUCGACCACAUACUAUGAGACUGUUGGGAAGAAUGAGACCGGCUUUGGCAUCACUGGCAUGAACACCAGCUCUAGUGUUGGAGACAUCCACGCGAUGAACGAGCAGUAAUUGUCCACGGCAGUUUGCCGGGUUUUUGCACAAGUUAUCUGGGUUGCAGUGCGGUGCAGAUGUCUGGCAACGAUCUCCAGUGUUGCCACGAGUGAUUUCCAGCAGAUUGGAUUGGCUGUCUGGUCAAGAAAUACCUCAGUGAGGACUUGCAAGCUCAGUUGUUUUUGCGUACAGAGCUUUUGGGAUAGCUACAGAGCUUUUGGGAUAGCUUGAUCUGUCUCUUGUUUGCGGAGAGGGGUGCAAUGCGAAGUUUUUGGAGAGGCAAUAUGUGAUGUCUUGAUGUGUUUGACUUGACGUUUCAGUGAUAUGCAGCACAUUAAUGCAGCAAUAUUGGUGUUGCACCCCAAGGGACCUUGAGAUGCUGAAUUUUGGUUGCAUGUGCGCCGCAUGCAUCAUGCCCAUGAUGAUGCAAGCCUCUGCAUGUGCUCAGUCAAAGGCUUCCUAUCUUUAAUUUUGAGAUGCGCGG